GUUUUCAUUCAAAACCGUUCGAAUUUAUUAAAAAAUCAUUCAGCGGACAUAGAUCAUUCAUAAAAGAAGGAAUUGUGUGGUUGAAUUUGCUCAGUAACUUAUUUACGCAUGCAACAUAUUGCCCGACAUACUUUAUCGCAUGUCGUACGGCGUGUAAAUCUCUCACUAUUGUGAAUAAAAUCUUAUUACACGAUAUCAUGACAUUUGCGUAUGUCAAUUCAGAAGUGCUCGCCAUUUUAUUGCUUGAAAUAAAGAAUAUUUCGUGUUACUUAAUUCCGUUGGGAUUUUCCAACCAUGUCAGCCAAAAACUCGCCAAUCUGGACCCCUGAGAAGGUUUCCGAACUCAUAAGCUUGUACGAGGCGAACGAAUGUCUGUGGAAUUUCAAGACAGCCGAAUAUAAAAAUCGGAUGAAACGAGACGAAGCGAUUCGGAAAGUAUGCGGAACAUUAAACAUUACCAAGGAACAGUUCGCCAAGAAAAUUCACAACUUGCGGAAUCAAUUUAAUUUUGAACUGAAGAAACGCGAGAGACGUAGCAAGGAUGUUAAGGACAGUGGCUAUGCCGUCAGGUGGGAACAUUUCGAUCGAUUGUUGUUUCUGAGGAAGUUUAUUUCGCACCGAGCUGGCUACGGAAACGACACGAAUACCUUUCCCGAUUCGCCAACGCCUUGCGAACAUACAAAUAUUGAAUCUGAAGAAUGCGUUGAGGCAGCUGAAACCACAUCAUUCUUGAAACAGGAGUCUACUCAACAAGCAAACACGCAGGUGUAUGAAACACAGGAAGCAGAACCCCAACAGAAUCAAACAAUUGAAAUGCCUACAGCUUUGAACCUGAUCGUCGAGGAAGAUCAUCAAUAUGUAGAGCACCCCCUUCAAGCGUCUACUCCGAAAGUGAGUGCAAGCCCCUUUGAGGCAAGUAACAGUACUAUCAUCCACCAAACGGUUGCGAAAAAGCCAAGACUUUCAAGAGAUUCUAAUUCAACACGCGACGAGUGUGACACUUUUGCAGAAUUUGUAGCCAAUGAGCUACGAAACCUGAGUAGUGAUUUCUCAAGGAAAAAGAUGAAGAGAAAAAUCAUGCAAGCAAUGUUGGAAGUAUGGAAUGAAGAAGAUGAAGUUAAUAUUAAUAUCUGUUUGAAUUGAAAUAUGUAAGUGGGUUAAAUUGUAAAUAUGUGUGAUUUUAUAUACGAUACGAUAUAUGAUAUAUGUACGAUGUAACAGAAGGUGUCCGAAAAUAAACCUAA